AUGGCGGACAAGCCCACCGCGCGUAUCGCGGCGCUGUCCAGGCAGGUGGACAUCGAGGACCUCGCACGGAGGGCGUGGCCGGACGCGCCGCCGCCGCGGCCGCCCUCGGCGCCCUCAUGCGGCAGCGGGUGCUCGAGCUGCGGGCCCGCCGCGGGCGGGCUCCGACCGGUGCCCGCCGCGGCGUACACGGAGGCGGCGGCCAGCCCGCGGACACCGCUAGAGGCGUUGCUGGACGCCGCCGCUGCCGCAGGCGCUCGGCCGGCCGGAGGCGGGGCGUGGGAGCCGCGGACGCCCGAGAUCACCACCGCGGAGGGCUACAUAGCGUCCCUGCGGGGAAGGAACCUCAAGGUCUACAUCCAGGGCGAGCUCGUAGACAACUUUGUGGACCAUCCGAUCGUGUGGCCCUCCGUCAACUCGCUGGCCGAGACCUAUCGGCUGGCGCACGACGACCCCGAGCUGGGCACUGCGCUGGGCUUCAGCGGCUACCGCAUGAGCCGCUUCCUCCAUGUGUGCGAAUCCUCCCACGACCUCGUGAGGCAGUCGCACAUGCAGAGGGAGUUGGGCAGGCGCACAGGCUGCUGUUUCCAGCGCUGUGUCGGUAUGGACGCUCUCAAUGCCACAUGGGCCACCACUUUCGACAUCGACAAGAAGUACGGCACGGAGUACCAUCUCCGCUUUCAGAACUUCAUGCGGAUGGCGCAGGCACGCAACAUCGUGCUGGGCGGCGCAAUGACCGACCCCAAGGGCGACCGCAUGAAGAGCCCGUCGCAACAGGACGAUCCGGACCUCUUCGUGCGCGUGGCUGGACGGAGGCAGGACGGGUCGAUCGUGUUGCGGGGCUCGAAGGUGCAUCAGACAGGGACUCUGAACUCCCACUACAUGAUAGUGAUGCCGGGUGGAAAGAUGGAGGUUGCGGAGAAGGACUACGCCAUCGCUUGCGCCGUCCCAGUGGACGCCCCUGGGCUGACGUACAUCUACGGCCGCCAGAGCUGCGACCUGCGCGCGAUGGAGGGGAGCGAGAUCGACCAGGGCAACGCCAACUACGGUGGGCAGGAGACGGUCGUGUGUUUUGAAGACGUCGUGGUGCCUGCCGAGCUCGUGUUUAUGGACGGGGAGGUCGAGUUCACCCAGACUCUGGUGGAGCGCUUCACUGCGUACCACAGGAGGUCGUACAUUUGCAAGGCUGGACUGGGGGACGUCAUGCUGGGCUCCGCGGCCACGGUCGCCGAGUACAACGGCGUGUCCAGGGUGUCCCACGUCAGAGAUAAGUUCGUCGAGAUCGCGUACCUCAACGAGAACAUCGCCGGCACUGCCCUGGCCGCGUCGUACGGGGGCAAGGCGAUGCCCGCCGGGAAUUUCUUGCCCGACGUCUUGAUGGCGAACAUAUGCAAACACAACGUCACCCGGUACCCUUACGAGAUCGCGCGAAACGUGCAGGACAUCGCCGGCGGUCUGUUGGUGACGCUGCCGGGGGACAAGGAUUUCAAGCACGAGGUGGCUGGCCCGCUCCUCGAGAAGUACCUCAUGGGCAAGCGCGGCGUUACAGUGGAGAACCGCAGACGCAUCUUGAGGCUGAUCGAGUGCAUGACGAUGGGCAGGAAUGCCGUAGGCUACCUUAGCGAGAGCAUGCACGGCGCCGGCUCUCCUCAGGCACAGCGCGUGCUCAUCCAGCGCUACAUGGACCUGGAGAGCAAGAAAGGCCUCGCCAAAAGGCUGGCGGGCAUCCAGGAGUGAGAGAUCCUGCCAGCGGCGCCCGAAAGGGGCCCGAAUGUGGCUGCAUGCGCGCUGCCUGCGUCUUUUUGUUCGCCAGGUGCCCGACCGGUCACCAG